AUGGACAUUUGGGAGGCCAAGCCACAGUUUCAGGAGGUCAAGAAGAGGAUGUUUCUGGAGCACUUCUCCAAGACCGGAGGGGAGAAGAACCUGUAUGAUGCUCUGAUGGGAACCAACAGCUUUCAGGAGUCGAUCUUGGAGGUGGUGCAGAGGUAAAGUGUUCUUAACCAUGCUAAAUGUGCCUUUUAUGCACCUGUGGAGGAUGGUGUUUAUUGAGUAUUUUAAUUCAAGAGCACUUGUGGCAUGAAUAUGAACUGUUAACUUGUGAUUAUGGUAAAUAGGAUGAUUAUAUUUAUUGUUAUUCACAUUUUUUUACAUUUUAGUCAUUUAGCAGACGCUCUUAUCCAGAGGGACUUACAGUUUGUGCAUACAUUAUUAUUAUUUUUUUUUUUUUUCAUACUGGCCCCCCUGUGGGAAUCGAACCCACAACCCUGGCGUUACCAACUGAGCUACAUCCCUGCCGGCCAUUCCCUCCCCUACCCUGGACAACACUGGGCCUGGAUUCGAACCAGGAUCUCUAGUGGCACAGCUAGCACUGCGAUGCAGUGCCUUAGACCACUGCGCCACUCGGGAGUUUACAACAGCUGAGUGGUUGGUUCUCCAUCUGUCUCAGGUAUGAGGCGAGAAACAGGCGCAUACCGGAGGACUUCUGUGUGAGGAUGAAGGAGCUCUUCUGCCUGGGCCUGAUUGCCCUGCUGGGCCACUGUGCCCUCACCAAGGGCCCCGAUGAGGAGCAGGAAACCAUCCACGACUGGAGCAGCAAAAUCGAGGAAGUGGAAUCAAAGAUGAAGGCAUGCAUCGAGGUCUGCGUAGCAGCCUUCUCUGAACAGGCCUGCCUUGACGCCCAGCGUCUUCUCCAGGAAAAAGAGGAACGCAAUCUUCAGGACACGGCUCAGGAAGUACAGGAAUUCCUCACCAGGAAGUACGACUGGGUGAGCUGGUCGGUCUGAGUGGUCAACCACUCUGGCAGCAGCUAUCGGAACUGGCGUGCCGGGGACCACUUCCAACACAUGGCUGGUCAGAACUGGUUUGAGGUGCUGCAGGUGAACGAUACCAACCUGGUGGUUUCCUACAGCACCAGUCCCCAACCGGUGCCCCGCGAUUGCAUCCGGCAACUGAUGGAGGGGCCGGGGAAGAAGGGCGGUGCCCAGGCCGUGGUGGAGGUCCUGGAGAAGCAGCUGGCGGGGUUCGUGGUGCAUGCUGUCAGUCGCCACAAGGAGAGCGAGGCCACCUGGAGCUUCCCUGAGGACUGCCACUACUGGGAGAGGCACAAGAACGUGGCGCUGUGCAUACACUCAGAGUGA